AUGCCAGCUGCAGACUCGCCUCCCUCCACAGAGUCCCCUCUCCGUCCAACCUCGCGCUUCAUCACCACCAAUCGCGACGGCAAGGCCGUAUACUCCAAGACGCUCUCAGAGAGCCCGCCAUCUGAGCUGUCAUACGGUGGUUCGCGGAUCGCUUUCUGCUACGGAACGAACCAAACGCCGCCCAACUUUGCUGGCGAGCGCGACAUUGCCACUUAUCAAGACCAGAUUGAGAACCCGCCCGGCAUCAUCAUUCCCAACGGAUGUGUCGCGAGACUCGUCGACUUUCCACCUGGAUACACGUCACCCAUGCAUCGGACCAUUAGCCUGAAUUAUAAUUUUGUUAUUGAGGGCGAAGUCGAGUUGAUUCUCAACUCGGGAGAAACCAGACGGCUCCUGCCGGGGGACAUGGCCGUGCAGAGGGCCGUCAAUCACGCUUGGAGGAAUACGAGUUCGACGAGUUGGGCGCGCAUCACUGCCUUUGCUGUGCCGGCGAUUGCUGAGGACGGCGCGGCGGAGACGUGGGAUGAAACCUGGGCUGGAGCGGGUGAAGGGACAUCUGGGAAAGCCUAG